CGGUUUUUCAUUCUCUCUCAUCUGAACGUCUUUAUGAUCGUGGAUUUUCCGUGUAGCUCUCUGACAGUGAACGCCCCACCGAACGGAACUCUGGGAGGAAGAAAACAUGGCGGGACUUUCGAACUCUCUUUUUUCGGUUCGCCUGAAAACCUGAACCCGGUUCCGUCUCGGUUUUCCCCAGCGGGUCCCCAUGACCGAGGAGCGGGAAAGGUUCUGCUCCCCGCCGGAACCGGGAACGAAACCGCCGCGAGGGAACCGCCUGAGCCGGAGCUGCAGGCAGACCGCGGCGGAGUCCCCGCGGGCCGGAGGCGGAGCGGGAUGGUCCAGCUCAGAACUUCUCACAGAAUUCAAGACUCCCACCAGGAUUCCCAGACCCAGACCGGCGGCUUCCAGCGCCGAGUCUCCUCACAGCGACUCGGACUUCCAGCAGGACAUCGUCUGGGACGGCGCCUCACCGUCGCCUCGGCGACCAGGCCGGAGAACCGGGAAGCAGUCCAACGGAACCGUCAGCAUCUCCCAGAUCGUCAGCAGGAUCGCCCCAGAGCACGGCCGGCCGCGGACCUCGGAACCGAGCCUGCAGCAAUGGAUUGGCGACAGCGCCAGCAUCCCCUGCACUCCGGAAGUUCCAGCUGCCAGAACCAGCAGGAAGUCCCCGAGAACCAGCACCGAGGUCCUGCUGAAGCUCGCCCAGCAGUUCGACCAGAACUUGUUCCACCAGGAGGAGGGGCUUCUGUCGGACCAGAACCCGUUCCACCAGGAGGAGGGGCUUCCGCCGGACCAGAACCCGGACUACAGUGACCAUGAGGACUCUACGCCGGCGUGGAACGCUGUUACGGACUGCGACCAACAGUUGGAGAACGACCUGGACUUCCUUUUUGACGGGCCGACCCAGAGCAGUAGCCUGAGCCCGGUGUUAGUUCUGCCAACAGAACCGCCUGAACUUCAGCCUGCCGCUCCGACCACUGCAGCCGUUUCCACGGCGACAUCCAGGACCUCCUCGGCCCGCGAGCCGUUUGAGGACGACUGGGACAAUGACGACAUACUGAAUGACACUCUGGUUCUGGAGAUGACUCAGAACCCUCUCAAGUUCUUGACACCCCAGCUCUGUUCCACCCAGAACCCUCUGAAUCAGGGGAACGCCGCUGGUCCGGGACCCAGGGCAGGAAAGGAGAACACCAGACCAAGAACCUCGUUCAGAUUGGACCGGAUCGCCGGUUCCUCUGAGAGAAGAAGCAAGAAGUUCUGGAGUUCUGAGCCAUCUGGGUCUGUGGCCUGUCAGCAAAGGAGCCCAGAGACCAGAUCCGUGUUCACCUGGCAGAAGUGCCGUCCGAUCACGACCAUACCAGAACUGCAGGGUCCUGGUCCGAUUGUCCAGAAGAACCCUGACCUGCUUUCUUCCCAAAGCAACCCAACUGACGUGGACUUCCUGGACGAGGAUCUGGACUCGUUGUUCUCCUCAGAACCGGUCUGGGACGAUCCAGCUGACGACGACCUGCUGUGUGGAGUCUGUGAUGAACUGGAGAACCAGAUCCAGAACCAGCAGAGAGCGGUUCUGCAGUUGACCCGCAGCGCCUUUGACAACCAAAUCCAGACUUCUGGUGCGGCGCUGACCAGAACCGCGCCCGCAUUGACAGGGAGGGGUUCUGUGUCGCCAUGGCAACAUGAAAACAGCAGAGGGGCCGUUUCCAUGACAACCGGCACAAGUGGCGGGAAAUGCUCGGCGGCAGAGAUCGAGCUGAAGAAGCAGCAGGCCGUGGAGCGGCGCCGCCGGAGGCUGCAGGCUGCACAGAACCUCCAGACCCAGACCUGAACAGAACCUUAGCAGAACCGUGGAGGAUGACCCAGGAGAUCCAGCAGCGCUCCGGGUCGACUGGUUCUGGGAGUUUCAGACCCAGUGAGGAAUUUAGAUGUUUCCAAGCUCCUCCUUAAAGUGGGCCAGAGGGGGGCGUGGCCUGUACUGCUCAGCAGGCGGCGUGACUAUCAUGAUGAGGGACGGUGGAAAUGUUGAAAGGAUUCUUUAUUUGUGUAGAAAUGAAUAAAUCAGAUCAAACGUU